AUGUACGUUGGGAUUGGGAGCUGGGAGUGGCGGAGGGGGGGAGGAAACCCGGCUCACUCCGGCCCGAGCGGGUCCGUCGGAUUCGUCAAGGUCGUUUUUAAUGAGCUCGUUUGCAAACUCAGUCGGGCAGCGGAGGCCGAGGCGGGAGGACGGGUCAGGGGUGCUAAAAAAAAAGGGGGUGCAGUCCCCAGAAACGUUCCCGGGAUGGAGCGCCCCGUCCCCGGGGGGCUGCGGGGGGAGAAGGAAGAGGAGGAGGAGGAGGAGAGGGUGCUGGUGUCGGAGCACAGCUGGAGACCCUGCCCCACCGCCCGGAGAAGGGUCCGAGGGUGCCUGGAGUGGGUGAAGCGGCAGCUGUUCCGCGUGGGGGAGGAUUGGUACUUCCUCUUCAUCCUGGGGGUCCUCAUGGCCACCAUCAGCUUCGCAAUGGACAUCAUCAUCAUCAGGCUCCACGCGGCCCACAUGUGGCUGUACCGAGAGAUCGGGGACAUCGGGGUGCUCAAGUACCUCUCGUGGACUAUGUUCCCCAUGGCACUGGCCGCCUUCUCCACCGGCUUCUCCCAGAGCAUCACCCCGCACUCCGCAGGCUCCGGCAUCGCGGAGCUGAAGACCAUCCUGAUGGGUGUGGUGCUGGAGGACUACCUGGCCAUCCAGAACUUCGGAGCCAAGGUGGUGGGGCUGACCUGCACCCUGACGUGCGGCAGCACCCUUUUCCUUGGGAAAGUGGGUCCCUAUGUCCACCUCUCUGCCAUGGCCGCAGCCUAUCUGGGGAAGCUGAGGACCACGGUCACGAGGGAGUAUGAGAACAAAUUCAAGCAGCACGAGAUGCUGGUGGCAGCUCAAGCCGUCGGGGUGGCCACAGUCUUCGGGGCGCCCAUCAGCGGGGUGCUGUUCAGCAUCGAGGUGAUGUCCUCCCACUUCGCCGUGCGGGAUUACUGGCGAGGCUUCUUUGCUGCCGCCUGCGGUGCCUUCAUGUUUCGGCUCCUGGCCGUGUUCAACAGCGAGCAAGAAACCAUUGCCGCUGUUUUUAAGAGCGACCUCAAGAUUGAUUUUCCCUUCGACCUGCUGGAGACCUUCUUUUUCCUGGUUUUGGGGAUCGUCUGUGGGGUUGUGGCCUGUGCUUAUCUCUUCUGCCAGCGCUGGAUGAUGGUGGCCGUCAAAAAGAACCGGCUGACAGCCAAGCUCUUGGCCACCGACAAACCCGUGUACACGGUGCUGGUGGUGCUGCUCUUCGCCUCCAUCACCUUCCCGCCCGGGCUGGGGCAGUUUAUGGCCUCCAGGCUCACCAUGAAGGGGUAUCUCACCUCCCUCUUUGACAACCGCACGUGGGGCUUGCUGGCCCUCAACGCCUCGGAGGUGGCCAAGCCUGGGGAGCUCUGGCAGGAGUGGAACCAUCCCUCUGCCACCAUCUACGGCACCUUGAUCUUCUUCCUGCUCAUGAAGUUCUGGAUGCUGAUCCUGGCCACCACCUUGCCCCUCCCAGCUGGGUACUUCAUGCCCAUCUUCAUCUAUGGAGCAGCAAUCGGCCGCCUGAUAGGGGAGGCGGUGGCCCUGCUCUUCCCACGGGGGCUCUAUUCAGAAGGACCCCCACGGCCCAUUAUUCCUGCUGGCUACGCCCUGGCUGGCGCAGCUGCGUUCUCGGGCUCGGUGACCCACGCCGUGUCCACGUCCCUGCUGGUGUGCGAGGCCACCGGGCACCUGGGCCACGUCCUGCCCACCGUGCUGGCCGUGCUGGUGGCCAACGCCAUCACCCAGAAGAACCAGCCGUCCUUCUACGACGCCCCCAUCAUCGUCAAGAAGCUGCCCUACCUGCCCCCCAUCCGCAGCCGGCACAUCGCCUCCUACCGAGUGGUGGUGGAGGAGUUCAUGGAGCGCCGGGUGGUGGCCUUGGCCAAGGGGGACGGUUUCCAGGAGGUGCUGGUGGCCUUGGACGCCUCUGCUGAUGCUGAGUACCCCGUGGUGGAGAGCACGGGGUCCCCCACUCUGGUGGGCACUGUCAGCAGGUCCCAGCUGGUCACCUUCCUCCAGAGCCACGAGCAUCCCCAGGCCCCCCAAGGGGAGAAGCUGGCCAUCGUGGGGACACUCGGGGACGACUGCACCAUUGAGCCCAUCAUGCUCCAGUUCUCUCCCUGGACCUCCUUGCACCAGGCCUAUCACCUCUUCCAGCUGCUGAAGCUGCAGCGAGUCUUUGUCACCCGCUCUGGGGAGCUGGUGGGAGCCGUGAGCAGGGCGGAGCUGCGGAGAGCAAUCGAGGACCUCGCCAACCCCAAGUGAUGACGCUGUGGGACCCCAGGGGCCCCUCCCCAGGAUGUCCCCCAGGAGAAGAGCGGCAGUCCUGACCCCCCAGGAGGGGCGGCGGGUCUGGGCUGGUGGCGCCGGUUCUCCGUGUUGUGUAUUAAACACAUCGACCCACCAAGGCU